AAACGCCCGCUCCGAUGGCUCAACCAGGCAACAUCACAGCAUUAACGGGAAAUACUCCCUAAAAUUAUCCCCAUAAAAACCUUACGAUAGGUAAACUAUCGAGGCGAUUUUCUUGCGAGCUGCCGUAGUAUCCCCCAUACUCACAAAAACUGCAAGGCAAAGUCCACCUCACUUCCUUAUUGGAGAAUGGUUACGGUAUACUGUGCACUCGUCUCUUUAGAAAUAAUGCGCAUUUCUUAGGAAGUUUGACAAGAUGUAGUUGUUUUUAAAAUGUGUAACAGCAUAAGAUGGAACAGUAUAAGCACCAAGAAAAACGUCACCUUCAAAACUGUGGUUAUUUGUUUUGCGCGAAUUGAAGGAUACGUAAUCGUCAUUAAUUCUUAAUACUGCAUUCAUAACAACAGUUGUAUGUUAAUAGUGAUGAACACAGACAUCAGGAAAUGGCUUUUAAAUUGUAAAACGUCUCCCUACAGCCAAUCAGCAAAUGACGCACUGGUAUAACACUUGAGUAAGCUGUACACUAUAGUCCAGACUGAAGAGAAGGCCAACACGGAGAUAACAUUAUGAAACGAGGGGCUGUAAUACAGAUUAAAACUCGUUUGUUUAUGUGUCAUUUUAACUUGGGUGUAUCCAGUUAAGAAGUUUGUUUGUUCUAGUUAAGAUGCGUUGUAAUGACGUAUAAAACCGACAGCAACAACGAUCAUUAUAAUAAUGCGCGUAUUUUUAAACACGAGAGGAUCCAAAUGUGGGUGUGAUCAGAUGCGAAAGCAUAGUGGAAAGUAACUGCAUUCCGUGUACAGUAAUUUUAUUACCUCGCCAGCUGAAACCGUGAACAUCGUUUACAAGGAAUGGCCAUCUGUAAUUGUUUUGAAAUACAUGAAUGCCCAGAUCGGGGCUUCUGAUCAUAAACUAUAUCGGAUACGAACUGGGACACUUCAAAUAUUGAUUAAGGGUUUAAUGGAGCGGCUUUCGAAUGACAGCUGGGACAGUGGUCAUCACAGGUGGAAUUUUAGCUACAGUCAUCUUACUGUGCAUCGUCGUAGUGCUCUGCUACUGUCGCCUGCAGUAUUACUGUUGUAAGCGGGAGGAGUUGGAGUCAGACUCAGAGUCGGACUCAGAGGAAGAGGAGCUGCACGAGGAAGCCAUCUUCGGCAUGACCCCCCACCUGCCACUCGAUGCCGUGGCGGCUUGCACAGCCAACGGGCCUUGCGUCUACCCAUCAGAGAUGCCCCCCAGACUGGCGCGGUCCCACACUUUCUGCCCAUCCUGUGCCCACCACGAGCUGCCCUUCCUGAUGCCACGCCCGCAUGGGCUUUACAAUGGCGCAGAGUGGGCUGGCCAUAGGACUGUGUCGCGCUGGGGUCCCAGGAUGGCCCCGGACAAGCUGCAGCUGACCCGCUCCAUGACCAUGAAGGAGAUGUUUACAUAUGGACACAGCAUCAGUACCGACGUCUAGUGCUCUUUCCGCACUGAUCCCCCUCAAAACCACAGUCCAAACAUCUUCACAUGUCAUCCUGCCCCCUGAAUAUACCCAAAAAAACGUCGAGCAGAUGUUUUUGUAAGUGGGCCUACUUACACUCACUCACUAGCUGAAGUUUUUCUAGGAAUCUGUCUCUGGAGGUCGAGGCGAAACUCUGGCAACAUUGCAGUUCUGAUCUGUCUUUCUAGUCUAGUAUUUCCUCAAAUUUUUCAGAUGUUUGGGUUCCUAUCUUCAUUCCGUGCUGCUAAUGGCCUUAGGGGAAAUGGACGAAGGAUUAAAACGUGUCGAACCCCUGCUCCCUAUUCCUGACUCCUGUAGCUCUCUGUAGCCUUUGGCUGACGGUGCUGCAUCCAGCGUUAUGCAUUGCUGACCAGCGGAACAGAAUUCUGUUUGCCUGGUGCACAAUUACUGCACAUUGGGGGCAACGUCUUUGAUUGUAUGUUUGUAAUGUAAAUAUUUAUACUUCCUGUAACAUAAUGUAUAAACGGAUGGACUACGCACGAUCCUGAGUUGUCAUAUACUGGUGGGCGUGUCGUGUGAAAAUGUACUCUGAAAUUUGGUGGAAGCGGGAUCAAGUAAGCACACCGAGUGUGGGGCGUAACGCUUGGGCGACACACCCCCUCGAUGACCUGCAAGAGUGGACAGUACCAAACGAGAACUGUAAACAUCACUGAUAAUUCAGACAGAAGGGGAAAAAAUCCUAUACUUUUGAUGAAUUACAUUAAGAAAACCUAAAUCAGUUAUGAGCUAUUUUAGGCACAAUAAAAAUGGUAUUUUUUACAUUUAGCUAAAUUGUGUAUUUUUUUACUUUCAUUUAAUAAGAUUCAGUUAUAAGUGACAGUUAAGCUCUUCGCAGUGCCAUGAUCAUUUUAUCAUCAUUUGGUUCGGUGGACUGCGAUCUUUCUUCGUGAUUGUUCUGUGUUCGCAAAGCAUCAUGGGACUGGAAACGGUUGCUGCACCCUGCGCUUAGCAGCGUAGGACUAGGUCCCUGGCCAGUUUAAUCUACUUUAGCCAGUUUUUUUGCCGGAACUGGGUGGAAGCGUGCUGUACGCCUGCAGGAUCAUGCCAUUCUUUGCCAGCCUCAAAAUUCGAUUUGCCUUAUUUUUCACAGUGAAGAGUUGGAGAGGCUGACAGGCGGAAACUUUGGAAACGGAUUUUGGUGAGGAUGUCAGGAAGAGCCGCAGCUUCUUCCUGAGGACUGAAUGCUUGAUAUUUUUUCCCGCCAUCUUUUUAUUGCUUUUACUUAAAAUUUUGAUUGUUAUUUCACCCUGAACUGGUGAAAUUCUGCACGGCAUGAACACUGUAAUGCCAAAGCUAGUAUUCUUCACUGCUUGUUUUUAAAUGCUGUCCUGCCGUACUUGCCACAUGUCUGAGUGUAGCUCAUAGCAGUACUUAGUGGCUGCUUAGGGGCUCGUGACCACUAGAGGGCCCCAUGUCAUCAUCAUUUGGAAGUCUAAAGUACUGGUUUUGAAUUUGGUUUUCAUGAUAUUAUGACAGUGGCCUGUAUUUUGGUCAACAUAGUGCAAGACGUGUGAGAGGUGUACCACACAGGGCUACUGAGUAUACUGUACUGUAUGUGAAAAAGGCGGAGAACAUGUGUAUCAAAGCUUGUUUCACCUGAUCCCAGCAAAUAUUUGCUGACAAUUCAUUUGACAUAUUAAACCUCAAGUCAGGCUCACAUUUGCUAAUUAGUCAAUGACACCAUAGUCAUUUCUGUGCAUGCAAAAAUAAGACCUUCGUUUGCCAGAUGCCAUCUCUGAGAACUUUGGUGUGGCACCAUAUCUCAGCUAGAUGUGCAGGGUGGAUGAUAACUAGCUGGAAAAGUUGGCAUUUUGCUUCUGUUGUCCUACUAAUCAGAACAGAUGGUCAAAAUCAUCCUGUGACAAAAAGCGUUCAGGUGGGUGAACUUCCAUCCUGAAAACACAUCCUGCUCAAAUAGCCAAGCUAUGAAAAAGGGCACAUUUGUAAAUAUCUGUGUUACUGUAACACACCAUUUAUUAGCCUAAAUGUAACCACUUUAAUUGUGUGCAUCUUCAUCAUGCUCAUUACUGCUGUGAUUUUAGGGGAAAAAAGGAGAAACCUUAUGUGACUAAACAGGAGGUGUCUGAUCAACUCUAUGUUCUUCAUUAAUCUUGAAAUGUUCUGUAUAUUACACAU